ACACAUUCUCUAUGUUCUUCGAACUCUUCAAGUCACACUCUGCUUUCGUAGGUCAACCCUCCUUGGCAAGGUGCUACGUGUUGAUAUUAACGACAAUGAUGAUGGUGCACCAUACAGCGUCCCUUCAGACAACCCAUUUCUGGGAGAGAAGGGGAGCCUCCCAGAGAUUUAUGCUUAUGGCGUGCGCAACAUGUGGCGUUGCUCUAUUGACCGCGGAGACCCGAAAACAGGCUUUGGCCGAGGCAGGAUGUUUUGUGGCGAUGUCGGCCAGAACAAAUAUGAAGAAAUCGACCUCAUUCUCAAAGGAGGCAAUUAUGGAUGGAGGGCAAAAGAAGGCUUCAGCUGCUACGAUCGCAAACUCUGUCGUAACUCAUCGCUAGAUGACAUCUUGCCCAUCUUUGCCUACCCCCAUAAAUUGGGCAAAUCAGUGACGGGGGGUUACAUCUACAGAGGUUGCCAGAUGCCCAACCUGAAUGGACUCUACAUCUUUGGAGACUUCAUGAGCGGGCGCCUGAUGUCCUUGAAGGAGAAUGUGAUGACAGGUGAAUGGCAGUACAAUGAAAUUUGUAUGGGAAGAGACCAGACCUGCAGAUUCCCCAAACUCAUCAACAGCUACUAUAAAUACAUCAUUUCAUUUGCAGAGGAUGAGGCAGGUGAAUUGUACUUUCUUGCCACCGGUGCCCCAAGUGCAACAGCCAGAGCAGGAAUUAUCUAUAAAAUAGUGGAUCCCUCCAAGCGAGCAGCUCCAGGUAGAUGUGCCAUCAAGCCCUCCCCAGUAAAGAUCAAGGGAAAACUUUUUCACUUCCAUCCUAAAGCAGAAUUUGUAAUCGAUAAGAAACCGACGACAACACCUGCGCCCACGACAACCAGAAGGAAAAUACCGCCAACAAGCAAAACAAUAAGAAAAACUCCAACACUGUCAUCAAGAACAAGAAAAGCCUCACCCCCACCACCAACAACUGCACCUAUGAGAAAAAAACAGACGCCUCCAGCAAGAAUAAGAACAACGCCAUCGACAAUGGCCCGCACCACCAUGAUCAAAGCUACACCCACCGGUUAUCGCUCGGCUGUCUACACUGCAGCCUCCUUUCGGACUCAAACCCCAACCACCACUUUGACAAGGAGACACAUGAGACCCCCACCACCCCACCCCACUCCCGCUUCCCGACCAUUAACCUUCCCACCACCUCCUCCUCCUCCUCCUCCUCCGUCCAAAAAGCAUACCUACAAGGCUGUGACCACUGCACGUUAUCCCGAGCAUCCAAGGAGGUGGACAACCCCGCGGCCAUCAUAUUGGAGCCCGAAGCCCACAUUUUAUAAGCCUCAGAGACCCGUGAUAAAUACCACUCCAACGAAAACACAGGAGGAGAAGCUCGGGUUAGGAGACAAGACGGACAAUACAGAGGGGGAUGAAGGUAACCAGGUGAAUAAGAGGCCCAGAGAAGGUGGCAGAGGUUACAGUUACAAAAGAGUAAGAGGAGGUGGAAGGAUGCGCGUUGGCUCCGUUCGUCUGGUAAGUACGGAUGGUCUAUCGGACCGAGGUCGAGUUGAGAUCUUUAUCCGUGGAGAGUGGGGGACGGUGUGCGACGACCUUUUCACCACCAAGGCAGGGACAGUCGUGUGUCGACAGCUCGGCUUCAGGACGGCACUCGCGAUUUUGAAGAGGGCCGUUCUGGGCCAGGCGGAUCGCAGCGUCAGGAUCUACUUGGAUGACGUGGAGUGUGAGGGUGACGAGAGGUCGCUGCUUGAGUGCAAGCGAUCCAGAGUUGGGAAGCACAACUGUUCGCACGCAGAGGAUGUGGGGGUGAUCUGUGGUUAGCCUGAAUGCGGAGACCGGUGACGGGAGAAUAGCACUGUAGAUAUACUGGACUACAGCAGUUCCAAACUGCUUUGAAGCUGUCAGAUGAAUAUUACAUUUGUUCUUACAAGCAAUCCACAUUCUUGAAAGAGUCUUUUGAAGUAGUUGCAUACUUUACACCCCGUGUUGAAAACUGGCGGCACG